AUGUCGUGGACAGCCGUCACCAACAGCGGAUCGAGAGUCACCAGCCAUCUCCUCCACGCCUUCCGUACCCCUGUCAUAUUCCGUAUCACCAUCAGGGGUUUUGCGACAGUCAAACCCACAGCAGCAGCAGCAGCAGCGACCAUGGCGGCCACGCAGCGCGAUCCCACCACCCUCUCCAACUAUGGCGUCUGGCGCACCCGCCACACGGCCGUCGACUUCAAGAUUGACUUUGACAACAAGCGUCUGCAGGGCUCCGUGACGCUGCGGCUCGAGAGCCAGCUGGACAAGGCCGGCGCCGAGGUGGUGCUGGACACGCGCUUCGUCGCCGUCUCGGGCGCCCGGGUCAACGACGCCGCCGCGCAGUGGGAGCUCAAGCCGCACGCCGACCCCCUCGGCGCGCCGCUUCACGUCACGCUGCCCGAGGCCGUCGUCGCCGGCGCGGCCAAGGGCGAGACGAUCGAGCUGGUGCUCGACGUCGCGACGACGGACAAGUGCACGGCGCUGCAGUGGCUGACGCCCGCGCAGACGUCCAACAGAAAGCACCCGUACAUGUUCUCGCAGUGCCAGGCCAUCAACUGCCGCAGCAUCUUCCCCUGCCAGGACACGCCCGACGUCAAGUCGACGUUUGACUUUCGGCUGACGUCGGCGCUGCCCACGGUGGCGAGCGGCGUCAAGGUCGGCGACCACGAGCCGACGCCGGGCGUCGAAAAGGUCUACGCGUUUGAGCAAAAGGUGCCCAUCCCGUCGUACCUGUUCGCCGUCGCGUCGGGCGACAUCCGCACCGCGGCGAUUGGCGCCCGCAGCUGGGUCGCCAGCGGGCCCGAAGAGGUCGAGGCUUGCAAGUGGGAGCUGGAGCGCGACAUGGACAAGUUCCUCGAGGUGGCGGAGAAGCUCAUCUUCCCGUACCGCUGGGGCGAGUACAAUGUCUUGGUGUUGCCUCCUAGCUUUCCAUAUGGAGGCAUGGAGAACCCCAUCUACACCUUUGCCACGCCUACCAUCAUCAGCGGCGAUCGCCAAAACGUCGACGUCAUUGCUCACGAGCUUGCGCACAGCUGGAGCGGCAACCUCGUUUCCAAUGCCAGCUGGGAGCACUUCUGGCUGAACGAGGGAUGGACCGUCUACCUGGAGCGCCGUAUCGGUGCCGGUCUCCAUGGGGAGCCCGAAUUCGACUUUUCCUCCAUCAUUGGCUGGAAGGCCCUUGAGGACGCUGUUUCGCAGUUUGGUCACGACCACGAAUACACCAAGCUCAUCAUCAGCCACAAGAAUGUCGAUCCCGAGGACGUCUACAGCACGGUGGCCUAUGAAAAAGGCUUCCACUUCCUCUACUACCUCGACCGCCUCGUCGGCCGCGAGAACUUUGACAAGUUUAUUCCGCACUACUUUACCAAGUGGGCGGGCAAGUCGCUCGACUCUUUUGAGUUCAAGGACACGUUUGUCGAGUUCUUCAACGGCCUCGGUGACGAGCCGCUCAAGCAGAAGAUUGCCACCAUUGACUGGGAGGGCCGACUGUACUCGCCUGGUCUGCCGCCCAAGCCCGACUUUGACACGACUCUGGCCAAGCAGUGCUACGACCUGGCCGGGAAGUGGAAGGACAGUUCAUUCGAGCCCAACCUCAAGGACAUUGAGGGCCUGACGGCAAACCAGCUUCAGGUCUUCCUCGGCGAGGUGCAGGAGCAAAAGGGCCUCUCGGCGGAGCGCGCGCAGAAGAUGGGGGCUGUGUACGAGUUCAUCUCGUCCAAGAAUGUCGAGGUGCUCGCGGCGUACUACCGCAUCGCGCUCGAGGCCAACGACCCAACGUGCGUGUACGGCGUGGCGGAGCUCCUGGGCCGCGUGGGCCGCAUGAAGUUUGUGCGGCCACUGUUCCGGGGCCUCAACGAGGUCAACCGCGACAUGGCCCUCGAGACGUUUGCCAAGAACAGGGACUUUUACCACCCCAUCUGCCGGGGCAUGGUGGAAAAGGAUCUCAAGAUCUAA